GUAUGCCACUUCUCACUUGAUUGCUAUUAAAAAUGUGUGGAGACAAUUAAUUGUGAUCUCGAAAUAAAAGGAUGAAAAAUAGUAUUUCUUUGGCCUUUAUUAUUACUUUAUCCGAAAUAAAGGUAUUCGAUUCUCAAAAAAAAGAAGGUAUUCACUUCACUUGACUGAAACAAAACAAAAUGGCACACUCGAACUCCACAUCUUCAAGCAAUAAGCUCCAAGGGAAGGUGGCCAUAAUCACCGGAGGUGCAAGUGGCAUGGGUGAGGCCACGGCGCGCCAAUUCGCCGCUCACGGCGCACGAGCCAUUGUAAUCGCCGACGUCCAAGACGAGAAGGGCCAAAAAGUGGCCGCAUCAAUCGGCUCCAACAUCUGCACCUACAUACACUGCGAUGUCAGCGACGAGGAACAGGUCAAGAACAUGGUAGACUCCACGGUGAAAGCGCACGGAAGCCUCGACAUCAUGUUCAGCAACGCGGGCAUGGGGAGAGCGACCCUCACGUGCGAUCAGACCGCGCUGGACAUGGACAUGUCGGCUUACGACAAGAUUAUGGCGGUGAACGCUCGUGGAAUGGCGGCGUGUGUGAAGCACGCCGCGAAGGCCAUGGUGGAAGGGCAAGUGAAGGGGAGCAUAAUUUGCACGGCGAGCAUAGGGGCGAGCGUUGGUACCGAGAACUUCGCGGACUACGUGAUGUCGAAGCACGCGGUGCUGGGGUUGGUGAGGUGCGCGAGCUUGAAGCUGGGGGCAUAUGGGAUACGCGUGAAUUGUGUAUCACCAGGGACAGUUGGGACGCCAUUGUUGAAGGAGAUGCUCGGGUAUGAAAAUGAGGAAGAGGAUAAGGUGGUAGAGUCGAAUCAAUACUUGAAAGAUGGGGCUUUGAGGCCCAAAAACGUUGCUGACGCAGUGGUGUUUCUUGCUUCUGAGGAAGCUGAGUUCAUCACUGGCCAUAAUUUGGCGGUGGAUGGCGGGUAUAAGGCUUAAGAGUUUGGGUAAUAAUCCAUUAGAACGGUCCAGUUGUUCUUGCAGAAUCAACAGUAGUUGAACCUGUUCAAAGGGCAACGAAAAAUUUAACAACUAACAUCUCUAAUUGGCAUUACUUUUUAACUUGUGAUGGUAAUUUUUUUUAAUUUAAAAUUUUAAUGUUGGUAAAUUGUUCAA